AGUAUAAGAAAAACCAGAGCUCAAAAGCCGCCGGCCGUUUAAGCUGCCGACGAGAGAGAAAGAGCUCUUGAAGUGGGAUCAAUGGAGGCAUUGGCGGAGCUGGAGCGAGUCCAGAUCGGAAUUCUCCGACGAAUAUCCGACCUCGAACUCGCCCAUCUACCCGAAACCUUCUCUCAAAACCUCUCUAUAACCUCUCCCAACGAUUCCGCCGCCGCCGACACCACUGAAGGCCGCCUCUCUACCAUCCUCCGGGAAAAUGGCGUCAGAGACUUCGCCUUCAAGCGCGUUGCAACCGACUAUUACGACUGGCCUCUCGAAGCCCGCCGAGACGCCCUGGGUGCUGCUUCCAUCGAUCACCUCUGCAAAAGCAUCGUUCUGGUAAAUACUCAAGCACCAACGAGUGUAACUGAUUGUAAAGAUCGCAACAAUUCAAAGUAUUAUCUUGUUGUUGUGCAGUAUACUGCACGGUUUAAUGCUGAGGCAGUGAAGAACUUUCUGUAUACACUUAACGAUGGCAAGAUAGCAAAAAAGAAGUUUAACAUGAGGCUUGCUCCCGAGGAAACCUCGCAAAGUUUGACGGGCUAUGGACACAAUGCUGUAACGUGCAUUGGUAUGAAAACAGACAUUCCGGUGAUUUUGGAUGAAGCUAUUACGAAGCUCAAACCCGACUUCUUCUGGCUAGGCGGUGGAGAGGUUGAUCUUAAACUGGGGAUCAAGACUCGAGAAUUCAUCGACUCUGUUAAACCUUUCAUCGUUAACUGCAGUGGUAGUUGAUUACUGUACAAUGAUAUGAUGCCUCUGAAACAUUAUUUUCAGCAAAUUAUAGAAGCAAGAAUUGAAACCAACAUGCUCAUAUAUCCCAAUUGGAAAAUGGGAUUUCUGUCCUGGAUAUAUUUUCAGUUCUUGAAUCAUCACAGCUAUUGGUCAUUUAAGUGCUUGUUAGUCCAAAAUAGAGACAUCAUUUUAGGAAAAAGUUGUAAUUUUGGUCUCUAAAUUAUGGGUUGACACUUUAGUUCAUCCACUAAUUGUCGAAA